AAGAGCUCAAGACCCGAAAGACCAAAGAUGUCUCUGACGCAGACGAAGCCUGCUCCUGAGCCUGAGGCUCGCGAAACGACGAUCUUGGGCAUGAAGGACGGACAUUUCGUGGACCAACAUGGUCGUGUCACACUAUUGCGUGGUGUGAAUCUCGGUGGCUCGUCCAAGCUGCCAUUCGGCUACGGACACACCGACGAUCAGGACAUGAGCGACUUCUUCGAUGGCGCCGCCUCCGUGUCGUUUAUUGGUCGCCCAUUCCCUCUAGAGGAGGCGGACUUGCACUUGUCACGUCUGCAGCGUUGGGGACUCACGUUCCUGCGCUUCAUUGUGACGUGGGAGGCCAUCGAGCACGCCGGACCAGGCCAGAUCGACCACAAAUACCUCAAAUACAUUCGUGCAGUUGUGGAGAAGGCUGCAGACUACAACAUGCAAGUGUACAUUGACCCGCACCAAGACGUCUGGUCCCGCUGGACGGGAGGUGACGGAGCCCCCAUGUGGACACUGGAGUGCGUCGGCUUUGAGCCUCGCAACUUCGAGCCCACCAAGGCAGCUUUGUGUCUCGAGACGUGCGGACUACCAGCCUCCAAGUUCCCAAAGAUGAUCUGGCCGACAAACUACGCAAAGUUGGCGUGUGCCACCAUGUUCACGUUGUUUUGGGCUGGCAAGAAGUACGCACCCAAAUGUUACGUGGACGAUGUGCAGAUCCAGGAGUUUCUACAGUCGCACUACUUGGACUCGCUGGCUGCAUUGGCUGAAGCUCUCAAGGGCCUCCCCAAUGUUGCUGGUUACGGUACAAUGAACGAGCCGUCUAACGGGUGGAUUGGAGCGAAGAACUUGGUGAGUUCUGGUGGUUUCCGGAACGGCCACGCUCCGUCGCCACUCUCAGCUAUGGCACUGGGUGAGGGUAUCGCUCAAGACGUUGAAGUAUGGGGCGCUGGCAUCAUGGAGAUGAUGCGUGGAAAGCCCAAACGUGUCGAGCAUGUCGAUCCUAAGGGAGUUCGCGCCUGGAAAGAUGGCGCGAGUUGCAUCUGGGAGGAGCACGGAGUGUGGGGCGUGGAUGCGCAGGGUCAACCCCAGAUUUUGAAGCCUGACUACUUCGCCGGUGUCGAUUUCGGUACAGAGUUCUUCCUCCCGUUCGCUAGGAGAUUCACAAAACGCAUCCAGAGCAUUUCACCAAAGGCUAUGAUCUUCACAGAGAUGCCUCCGACCGAGAUUGGCGACCUGGUGUUCCCAGAUAUCUCGAAAGAGGAUAUCCCACUGUCGGUCAAUGCAAUGCAUUGGUACGAUCUGAUUACGCUGUUCACAACUACGUGGCGCUCGUACUUCACGCUUGACUUUGCCACGGGUACGCCUGCGUUUGGCAAUGCGGCGCUUCGUGCGUUGCACCAGAAGCAACUUGCAAACGUUGCAAGCUUCGGGCGCGAAAAAAUGUCGAAUGCUCCGACUCUUAUCGGCGAGACGGGCAUUCCUUACAACAUGAACCACGCGCAAGCCUUCGAGACGGGAGACUUCUCCGCUCAAGUGGAAGCUUUAGACAACACUAUCUUCAACCUCGAGUCGCAGUUGUUGUCCUUCACUCUGUGGAACUACACGGCCGAUAACUCGCAUAAGUUUGGUGACCUGUGGAACCUGGAGGACCUAAGUAUCAGUAGUCCAGACACAGAGACACUUGUGCGUCGUCUGUCCGGGGUUCGUCGUCGUGAUGACUCUGCACGUGGCCUUCGCGCGUUUGCUCGUCCUCAUGGACGCAGAAUUGCCGGGAUCCCGAGCAAGUCGCAGUUUAACUUGAAGGCUGCUGAGUAUGUAUUGGAAUACACGUCCAAGGACCCGGAGUCUAGUGCUGUCACGGAGAUCUACGUGCCGUACGCUCACUACCCUGACGGUUACCGCGUGACUGCCUCGGAUGGCCACUUCACGAUCGACAAACACGAGGGAUACGACGUGGUGAAGCACCUGCAUGACGGUCAUGCACACAAGCAUCGCGUCGUGGUGCACCCUACUAAGCCUCUGGGCUCGGGCUACUCCAACUGGCCUGUUUACCUUGCUCUCGCCGCCGCUCUUGUGAGUCCAUACCUCGAAGCUUACACGAUGUAG